AUGUGUGACGGGUUCAUCGAAGUUAAUUUCGACGCCUAUGUUGAAAAUCGAGAAACUGAAACAGAUGAGACCAAUUGCGACUAUUGGCCAUGUGAUAAUGUGUAUACGCGAUGUGAUGGCUUCUGGAAUUGUGAGAAUGGUUUGGAUGAGUUGAACUGUCAAGCAAGUGGUUCGAAUGAUUGUGCAGCCGAUCAGUUUCAAUGUGUUUCUCACAAGACUUUCUCUAUGAUGUGUCUGAAUGUCAGUCAAGCUGGUGACAAGAAAAUGGAUUGUCUUGGAGGCGUAGACGAGCCGUUUUAUUGUCGUAACAAAUAUUUAUCAUUUGAAGAUCACGAACCACGACGAUAUCGAUGCUGGGAUACCGAUUACUGUGUCUCUUUGCGUGGGAUUUGUUUGGAGUCAUUCGAAAGUAAGGAGGCGGAUGAGUAUUGUUUAUUAGAAAAGAAAGAACGUUUUUGUAUAAGGACAAACUUAGAUGAAGGAUGCUACGGAGAUGACAUUGACUAUACCUAUGAUAGUCAUGGCGAUCUUUCAUCUAUUGACAAAGUCAAUCAGAUCCACGAACACUUCUGUAAUUUGGAAGACUGGAUGAAGCAAUCUGUAGUUCCAUUUGCUUUAGAGUUUAGUGAAACCGUCAUGGGUGGUGUAGUGGAAUAUAUUCAUAUGUCAGCACCAAAUCUAGAUUGGAAGAUUGUUUGGUUUUGUAAUAGAGGCAUUGUUAUUUUAGAACGUAAUGUCCGAAGGUGUCUUUGUCCUCCCAGUUAUUACGGUGAACAAUGUCAAUAUCAAAGUCAACGUGUUAUAGACAAUACUUCAUUUAUUCAUUCGCAUGAACAACGUACAUUUGUUGCUGCACGUGAUUGUGAUCUUCGAUUUGAUCUCGUUCUUCUCUAUGCUAAUCGACCUAAAGAUGAAUCAAAAACAUAUGAUGUAAUUAUUCAUGUGUUUGAAAUGUUAAACUAUCGUAAUAGUUGGCAAUUACCUGUUCGUUUCCCUUCUCUACCUGUUCUUUAUGCAUUGUCCUAUGGACUGUAUCAAUGGUGA